AUGGACGGACAAGCCCACAAGCCGCAUAGACAGGCAAAAAAGUCGAAAGACAAGAAGAAAGAACACACAGGAGCGCCGAAUCCGAAGGCCUUUACCUUUACCAACCCCGGCAAGCUUGCGAAACACGCGGCGCGAACUCACGAUAUCAGAGAAAAGCGUCUUCAUGUACCUCUCGUCGACCGCGUUCCCGAUGAGCCAGCACCGCGGCUGGUUACAAUCGUCGGGCCUCCGGGUGUAGGAAAGACGACACUGCUCAAGUCAUUAAUCAGGCGCUAUGCGAAAGAGACCAUCUCUGACCCUGUGGGUCCCAUAACAAUCGUCACAUCAAAAAAGCAGCGAUUAACCUUCGUCGAAUGCCCCAACGAGCUCGAGGCCAUGGUCGACAUCGCCAAGGUGGCCGACAUCGUGCUGCUGAUGAUUGACGGGAAUUAUGGGUUCGAGAUGGAGACGAUGGAAUUUCUCAACAUCUUGGCCGCCACUGGUAUGCCGGGUAACAUCUUUGGCGUGCUCACCCAUCUUGACCUCUUUCGCAAGCCGCAGGCCCUCAAGGACGCCAAGAAGCGACUGAAACAUAGAUUAUGGAGCGAGUUGUACCAGGGCGCUCACCUUUUCUACCUCUCCGGCGUCUUGAAUGGUCGAUACCCGGACCGCGAGAUCCACAAUCUUUCCCGCUUCCUCUCCGUCAUGAAGAACCCUCGGCCGCUUGUGUGGAGGAACUCCCAUCCAUACUCGAUAAUCGACAACUACCGAGACGUGACACAUCCCACAAAAAUCGAAGAGGACGAGGACUGCGAUCGGUCAAUCGAACUCUCCGGUUACCUUCGCGGAACCAACUUUGCUACCGAGGGCCAAAGGAUUCAUAUUGCAGGGUUGGGCGACUUCACAAUAGCAAGUAUGGAGGCACUGCCGGAUCCGUGUCCGACGCCUGCCAUGGAGCAAGCUCUUGCGAAAGCCAGCGGCAAGACGGGGAAGAGGCGUCUUGACGAGAAGGACAAGAGGCUCUAUGCACCCAUGGCUGAUCGGAGUGGGCUUAAAAUCACUGGCGAUCAUAUUGUUAUCACUAGAGAAAACGGGUUCGCCUUCGACAAAGAUGUCGAAGACGUCGAGCGAGGCGAGGGUGAACAGCUCAUCAUCGACUUGCAGGGAGAGAGACGUCUCCUUGGCCAAACCGACCAUGGCGUUAAGCUUUUUGCCAGUGGCGAGGAGAUCACGCAGGUGCCCGAGGAAGUCGAUACUGGGCGAAAAGGCCAAAGGAGAGCACGGUUUGCGGAACGGGGCGAGUGGGACGACGAGGGGCUUCCAGAAGACGAAGGCUUUGUCAGUGGUGACGAUCUGGACUGGCCCGAUGUUGAAACCGAGUUCAACGAGCAAAAACUUGGCAAAAUGUUCCGGAAAGACGCAGACAAGACCCAGGACGAGGACAUUGCUUUUGCCGAUAGCGACUCUGAUCUCGGGUCACUUUCCUCUGCGGAUGAAGAUCUCGACUCGGAUGACGGCGACGACGAUCUCAACUCAAACGAGGAGGGUGCCGCUGUUAGGUGGAAGGAUAACAUGAUGCAGCGCGCAAAGAUGCUGCAUGGGAAGAGGCAGCCCUAUCGCGCAGUUGACCUUGCCAGGUUCAUGUACGACAACUCAUUAUCCGCAAAAGAAGCCCUGCAGAAAUGGAGAGGCGAGGAUGAGGAGGAAAUUGAGGAGGACAUCGAGAAGGAGGAAGACGACACUUUCUUCCGAAGGGUUGGGAAGGAGGGUGACGACGACGCUAGUGAAGACCGGUACAUUCCCAAGUUCGACUACGAGGCGCUCGCCAGGAAAUGGUCAACUAAGGAUGCUAUCGAAGCCCUCCGGACUAAGUUCUCGACGGCCAACCUGGUUGAUGAGGCCGAAGGCGAUGAUGAUGAAGGCGAGGAUGAUGAGGACGGCGAAAGCGGAGAGGAUGAGGAUGAUGAAGGUGACGGUGCGUUCGAGGAUCUCGAAACUGGUGAGAGCCACGGUCCCGAAGAAGCCAAAUAUCCCGAGGCAACACUGGAAGCGGAGCGCGAAAAGAAUGCCCGGCGCAAGGAGGAACUCAAGCUCCGCUUCGAGGAAGAAGAUCGAGAAGGUUUCAAGAACGACAAGGCGGUUGCCCGGCGUGAAGGGGGCGAGGAAGAGUUUGGAGAGGACGACUGGUAUAAGUCGCAGAAAGCGAUGUUGCAAAAACAACUCGACAUAAACAAAUCCGAAUUCGAGAGCCUGGACGAAACCCAGCGUGCCUCUGUCGAGGGUUUCGGAGCUGGAAAAUACGCAAAGAUCAUUCUGGAAGGCGUCCCGGCCGAGUUUGUCAACAACUUCAGCGCCAAGGUACCGAUUAUUGUUGGGGGUCUUUCAGCCACCGAAGACAGAUUUGGCUAUGUUCAAGUCAGAAUCAAGAAGCACCGGUGGCACAAGAAGAUUCUCAAAACGGGUGACCCCCUGAUCUUCUCUCUUGGAUGGCGCCGGUUCCAGUCGCUCCCAAUCUAUUCGAUAUCAGAUUCCAGAAUAAGGAAUCGGAUGCUCAAGUACACGCCGGAGCACAUGCACUGUUUCGGAACCUUUUACGGUCCUUUAAUUGCGCCCAACACCAGCUUUGUCUGCUUCCAGUCCUUCUCCUCGGCCAACCCAGGCUUCAGAAUAUCGGCCACAGGCACAGUCCUGAGCGUGGACGAGUCCACCGAAAUCGUCAAGAAGCUUAAACUGACGGGCACACCCAGUAAAAUCUUCAAGAACACAGCUUUCAUCAAGGACAUGUUUAACUCGCCCUUAGAGAUUGCAAAGUUUGAAGGUGCAGCUAUCAAGACGGUGUCGGGAGUUAGGGGUCAAAUCAAGCGCGCUCUGGCCAAGCCUGAAGGGCACUUCCGAGCGACGUUCGAGGACAAGAUCUUGCUCAGCGACAUUGUGUUCCUGCGGGCCUGGUUCCCCAUUAAGCCCCACCGCUUUUAUAACCCGGCUACAAAUCUCAUUGGGUGGCAUACCAUGAGGUCUACGGGCCAGAUCCGGCGGGACGAGGACCUUGCCACACCGCAGCUGAAGAACAGCCAGUACAGGAAAAUCGAGAGGGCCACGCGGAGGUUUAACCCCCUCCGUGUUCCCAGGGCACUGGCGGCAGACCUGCCGUUCAAGAGCCAGAUCGUGCAGACCAAGCCCCAGAAGAAAGAGACGUAUAUGCAGAAGCGGGCGGUGGUGGUACGGGGCGAGGAGAAAAAGGUGCGCGAUCUGAUGCAGAAGCUCACAACUAUCAGGAAGGACGUGGUUGCCAAGAGGCGGGCCAAGAAGGAGGAGAAGCGUGCCGAGUACAAGAAGAAGACGGCUGAGAUCGAAGAGCGCUUGCAGAACAAAGAGAAGCGGGAAAGCAAAGCCUACUGGGAGCGCGAGGGCAAAAAGAGGAAGCCGGGCGACGCGGGCGGUGGCGGCGGGAAGAGGAGAAAAUAG